GCCAAGCGUGCUCCUUGGCCACACACCACCACCCCCAACACCUCCAUCGUGCGCAGCAUUUGGUCCUCAAAUUGACGCGACAAAUGUGCGCGCUCCGUGGUCGGGGAUUAUUGAGGGGCGGGAAGCGUCUUUGUCGCUGCCGAUGUUGGGCACAGCCUCGUGCGUGCCCGCUGUUUUCACCUGGGCGCCAGCGAUUCACCUCGUUAGGAGGUCGUCACCAGAGGUGCCCCCCCCCCCCCCCCACAUGAGCCCCCCAUCUCACUCCCUGAACUGAUGGAUGAUGUUACCCUGUUCGCGAGACGAAACUGACCGCUGUAUGGGAGAUAACCUCACGUGCCCGUUAGGCCGUGCGUGUAGGCGUGCCUUUUAAAUGUCAAAAACGCGAGAGGUCAUUAUUCAUUGUGAUGGGGUGGGGGGUGUUUGUUGUCUAUUAUGCACGAGCCUUUGGCUAUCGAACUCUCCGGUAGCUCGGCACGAUGUCCGACGUUUCGCUGUUGAAAAAGCUCCCAGCACGUGGAGCAAGACGGCGAACAUCGUGCCGAACUACACUGGCUACAUCCCAAAGCCAUAUCGGGGGGGGGGGGAGGGCGGGUGUGAUCAAGGAUAACAAAGCACGAACACCUCAGCAAAGUGGUUUGCUUUGUCUUGUUGGCUUUUUACUUGACGCGUUGUGAUGUAUGCGCCCGUAGUUCCUGCUGUUUGUAUAGGUAGGUGGCAUGUUUGCAACAGUUAAGUGGAACAGGUAUGCGCACUGAGCGGUGGGUACACGUACGUGUUUCACGCUCUCGCCGAGAGUUUAAGACGCAUGGAUAAUUAAGCGGUGAAAUCUUUGACAUUUCACAUUUUAAGAGAUUAAUAAUUGAAGCGUUUGCCUAGUAUCAAGGUUAUGAUCUGUAAGUUACGCCUAUGGGCUUUUUCGCACUCGAAUUUGUUAAUUUAAUCCAUUAAUCAGCGCCACGACAGCUGGGCCGCUAUUUAAUUAGCAGAUAACUUGAAGUAGACGAAUUCUCGCCCGGCGUAAGGGAAUGCAUUCGAUUACACGUGGUCAAACAUUAAACAGGUGUGCUUCGCGUUGCGCUGCAAUCGUCAGGACGGUGUUUGUUUAUUGAAUGUAUUGAUAUAAAUUUCAACUCCUAAUGUAAUGUGCGAGGGAGCGGUGGCGCAGUGGUUUGGCGCAUUGCGCUACUGAACCCCGGUGGGCCAAGUUCAAUUUCCGGCCACGCAUAACGUCAGCGGCGAGUGUUGUCUAAACCUAUCCUGCCUCCCCCCAUCCCCUUCACGAACUUGCACCGACCAGCCAGUUGAAGCAUGGUCAAACAACCUCCACAAGUGACUCUGCGUGCUGAUGCCAUCAUCCAGCAGUCGAUUGAAACAAGGGACUGAACAACGGAAAACGAUUUUGGCUGCCGCCUUUGCCCUGUGCCUUUUUGGCACGUACGCUGAUGCCAGAAAACAGAAAUGUAUGGCAAUAACACCACCUUUAACAACGAUGAGACAUCCAGCCAAGCCGAGAAGUACAUCCUUGCUGGCAUCUUCUCCAUCAUCAUCGCUGUGACCAUUCUGGGAAACCUGCUGGUGGUGGUCGCUGUGUGCAAGGAUAGACACCUCCGAAAAAUCAAGACCAACUACUUCAUUGUGUCACUGGCAGUGGCAGACCUUCUGGUGGCUAUUCUUGUGAUGCCCUUUGGGGCUGUGGAGAGGGUGCAGAACGACUGGCCCUAUGGCGACAAAUUCUGCAUAAUUCGAACCUCCUUUGACGUCAUGUUUACCACUGCCUCCAUCAUGCACCUCUGCUGCAUCGCGUUGGACAGGUUUUACGCCAUUUGCUGCAAGCCCCUGGUCUACCAAAAUAAAAUGACGCCUCUGAGAGUGGGGCUGAUGCUGGGGGCGUGUUGGGUCGUCCCUUCCCUCAUCUCGUUCAUCCCCAUAGCCAACGGCUGGAACAUCAUCGGCAUAGAACAACAGCUUGAGCUCCGGCUCGGUCAGGCGAAGGAGGCGAACCAGACGCACUGCAUCUUCAUGGUGAACAAGGUGUACGCGGUGGCCUGCUCUCUCGUUGCCUUCUACAUCCCCCUGGGGCUCAUGGCGGCCGCGUACCAGCGCAUCUACGUGACGGCGCGCGCCCAUGCGCGCCAGAUCGGCUCGCUGCAGCGCGCCGUCUCGAAGGACACCACGGGUGACGAAGUGACAAUGGUGACCUCGGGCGCCGCAUCGCCCCUGAGGGCCCAGCAGCUGGUGCCGGUGGCCCAGGCCACGAUGGUGCAAACGCAGUCGACGCGCUUCCGUCACGAGACGAAGGCGGCCAAGACUCUGGCGAUCAUCAUGGGCUGCUUCUGCCUGUGCUGGGCGCCGUUCUUCAUCAACAAUGUGAUCGACCCGUUCGUGAACUAUGACACGCCGCAACAGCUGUGGGACGCGUGGCUGUGGCUGGGCUAUGCCAACUCGGCGCUCAAUCCACUCCUCUACGCGUUCCUCAACCGAUCGUUCCGGCGCGCUUUCCUCGCCAUCCUGUGCUGCUGGGACGCGGCUCGCUACCGCCGCUCAUCCUUCAGCAGUCACUCCGUGCGCUACUCCGUCAGCACCAACGGCAGCGCUGUCCAGCCGGUGCCCAGCGCGCGCGUGCGAGCUCGCGCACGCCUUCCCAGCCGCCCGCGGACUCGGGCCGCGGCGUGCCCUGCUGUCUCCAAACUGGUGACACAUUUCUGUGGGGCGCCCAGUCCAGUCUAACCCGCUGCUAAGGCUUCUGGGCACCUGCCCUGCACUAUAUUCUACAUUGAGGAACGCUGGUGUACGGCAAAAUGGCCACAACAGAAGAUUCAGCCUCUCCAACAAAACAAAUGGGACUGAAGAGAUGGAAUCCUGUUUAUAACAAAAACUGAACUUCGAUUUGAUGUCCAAAAACAUUGAUGUCUUUUGAGGUCGAAGAUGGAGACAAUACACGUUAUUGUACACGUUUAUAGUGCAUGCACUACUUAAUGGAUGUAAAGGUACAUGUUUAUAAAGUUUAUAGAACUUUAAACGCAAAAAGCUAUUUUUUUCAUCUAGUAAAAUGUUCGUAGAUAUUCCAACAGAAAAAGCUAACAAUUCACAUGUAAAUAGUUUGGAUACGUGUACUUAACAAUAACUCACAUUUAAAUGCGGCAAUCACAAAUUCAGAAUUAUUUGAUUAAAAUGGUAAUUUACUUACUUUUUUAAAUACUUGUCACCAUGUGACUAAUCUAUUUAAAAAGCCACCGAGGCCCGAUGCCGUCUCAAUUGGCAGUGUUUGCAGUAUGUUUCUAGGACUUUUAACUUAAUUUAUAUAUUAAGAUCUUUCCUUCCAGGCAUGGAUAGGCUGCUAGAUAAUGUGUUGAUAUCAGUUGAGCUGAGGUUGUAUUUGUGAAAGCACUGUAUACAUUGAUAUGGCUCUCGUAUGCCUUUCAUCUGUGCGAGUAAGUGGAGAAUUUAAAGAGCACAUUUUCUUACACUUUGUAAAGAAUAUUUAAACGCUUUUAAUGGCCAUCACGUUGCGUGGAAAGCUGAAUGCUAAAACAUUAAUCCGUUCAGCCUUGUUUCCAUUACUUGAGUUUUAUUUUUUUUACCAGCUGUGUAUUAUCGUUUGUCUUAAAUUACUAAAGCUAGUCACAAAAUAUUGCUCCCCCAAAUAUAUAAAGCAGGAUGCUUUUAGUUGUCACAUGUCCAGGUUACAGUAUUAACAUCUUGUAAAUGUAAGUUUUUCCAGCAUCAUACAUGAAUGUAAGUGGUUAUUUAUCAGUGCAUCAAUGUAUUAAAGAUGUCUUACAGCCAAAUAAUGUAAUUGAUCAAUCAAAAUCUGUAGUUCUUAGCAGUGUUUUAUUUAAAUUUAUUCGUAAAUAAUGCAUCCAGCACUUUGUUAUAUUUCCACAAUGUGUUUUUUAUAAGUUUUAUGAAUGUUAACUAUCGUGAAAACAUACUAUUUAAAACAUGUUUAAAGGGUUGUUAAUAUUAUGAAAAUGAAAAGCUUAAACAUCAUGCACAUGUUCUGUGCGUACAUAACCGGGAAACCGAAAACCGGCGUGAGCAUUUACCCAGCACACCAUGUGGAAUCGUGUUUAGUCUCGUUGAUAAUGCUGCAAGUCUGCAUUACAGCACAUACGCUCGAAAUGCCCUUUUUGUGCACUCUUGCAUUUCACUUUAUACCAGAGGUGCCCAACCAAAAUUCCUGGUAAUGUAUCGGGAGUGUGGGCGUUGUAGCGCUUGAAGUUGGGAUUUUGUGGCAUUGAAAGGGUCUUGGGGGCAAGAGGGUGAACAGUGGUGCAUGACUUAACUUUUGCAAAAUUGGGCUUCAAGGCAUAAGAGCAUUAGCGUCGGCGGUGUUAACAUUUUCAAGGCAUAUUUUGAAGGCUAUACCAAAGCUUGCAACCCAUUGUGCGAUUAAGCAUGUAAAAUACAUUUUCUUUGCAGAUCGCGACAAGCUAAUGCUAACAUUUCACGAGCCGAGUGACAUUGUGGGGAUUUUGUGUAUGCUUUCCAGUCUGGAUAAGGGAUUAAGAUGGUUCUUCAUACCCCAUAAGGCGUGGGUGGGCACUCGUACUUUAUACAAAUGUACAUUUUGUAAUUGGUGCAAACCAAAGAAAGUUGACCAUUACUCUACAUGUUUAGUUUGGGGACUUUUUUUGUAAAAAAGUGAUUGUACAGAACGGAUUAAGUUUUUCACUCCUUUGUACAUAUUCUGUGUAAGCAAAUAAAAUCUAUAAUGGACUCGG